AAUAGGUAGCAUUACUUUUUAAGUACAGAGAUAUAUGCUAGAAUUGUUACAAUGAUCAUUACAAUGAUGAUUUUUAUUGCAUAAAAGUAUAGCAAAAAUGGACGGUAUAAGAAGAUUGAUCAUUUUCUGCAUAUUGAUAGCUAUCCUGCCAUUCGUACUCAUAAUAAUUCCUUUGUAUCUACGGCAUAUUUUUUAUGCUGAUGUUGCAUAUGCCGUAACAGAAUCUGAUAUUAUAGAAAUCAACGAUGGGAUUUCAACAAUAUUUUGUUCGGAACAUACUUUAAAAAUGAAUGGCACUUUUAAUGCUUUCCAAAUGUCUCACCGACCAGAGAUUACAUCGAAACGGAAACAUAUAAGGCUUAAAAAGAGCAUGAGUUUACCUGAUGACACAUUAGAGUAUUGGGGAUUUUAUUUAUUGAAAAAUGCAACUGUAGCACUAUCUGUGUGUUCAAGAUUUGAGGGAGCUUCUAUAUUAGUGGUAAAAGGAGAAAAGAACCUACGCACUUGUGGCCUGCUGGAACAUAAUAUUAAUAAGCAAACACAAGAAAUCUUCUUACCAGGUGCGAACAGGCAAGUUAAGAUAAUAUAUGAAUCAAAUGCACAAGAAAUUGACUCUAGAGAAACAACCACAUUCGAAUCUAUCAAAUCUAUGCACAUUAUCGAUGAGACAGAUAAACCAGCUAUAAAUGUAAGCUCUGAAAAUCCUUUGAAAGAAAUUUUUGAGACAAAUUCAAACGACAGCACACGGGCGCAUACUACGGAUGAAAAAUCGAUGAAAAGUUUAGAGUCGUUGUAUCGUACUGCAACAUCUUAUAUUCAUGAAUAUAUAGAUGGUCAACGAAAAAAUGUGAAUAACUCUAGAAAAGGAAGACAUAUUAAACGGCAAAGACAUAAGAAGAGGAAGAAUAAAUAUGAAAGAUCAAGGCGAAGAGAAAAAGAUGUCUAUGAUUAUGAUAAAGAAAUGCGUCUACAAAAAUUAGAGCAAACAUUGCAUUCAUUUAUAAUUAAUGGAGGAAAGAAACAGGAAAGCGACGGAAGAGAUACCAAGAGAUUUAAAAGAAGCAAAGAUCUCGUAAAUCCACCAUCUUUAUUAGAUCAAGGUAUCAAGCAUGGUGGAAAUGCCGAUAAAAAUUAUACGUCUAAUUCUGAGGGAACGUCAUCUGUUUCUAGUUUUGAAAAUGAUUUGUUGAAUUGCUACAAUGGAGCAAUACUGUUAGCUCAUGAAUUUCAACCUUCAGACCAAUGUACUAAUGUCUCCUAUUUACUUAACAGUAAACACCUACAGGCAAAUCACCAUGUGGAACAAAAUGGUUAUUAUUAUUACAUUUUUUAUAGCGAUAACGAUAUUGUGUCCAAUGAUAUUUAUGCAAUUUUCGAUAUAUAUAAGCCAACUUUUCAAUAUGAGAACGUGACUAAAUCAUGUGUAAAUCAAACCGAAUGCUCAUUUCGCAUAAGCCCGCUGUCGGCGGAUAGGGUAAUCGUCGAAAUUCCAACUAAGGACGGUAUAGAGCAUAACGAGAUGGACGACGCUGACAUGCUAAUUUCUAUCUGCCAGCCACGAAUGGGCGCAUACAUGAUUUUCCCAAUUGCAAUACUGCUCUUAAUUCUUGGUUGUGCUUUUAUAUGAAUGAGCUCGACUAGAAGUACCUGUAGAAAUACGUACAAGUAACUAUGUAAAAUUGUUUCACAAAUCACAAAGUAAAUAAUUUUAAUAUGAACUUACAUAUGUGAGAAACUAUGAAUUGAUCAAAAUCAAUUCAAUAUAAAAACACAGACGAGGAAAAUUAUGCUUUCGAUUUCGAGGUGCAACGAAUAAUUUACUUAAAAUGAAAGAUGUACCGAUUUAAAAAAUAUAAUUUUAUUACUUUUUUUCUUAAUUUUGUUUUGCCUAUGAUAUAUUACAAUGUUUAUCGUGCAAUUACAUAAAUGCAUGUGCAAAUAGAAUUUCUAUAUAAUUUACAUAUAGUCUGAUGUUCCAAGACUAUCAAUAUCCUUUUUUUUUACAGAUUCAUUGAUUCAUCCGUGGAAUCAAUUUGGUUUUCUUAAUGAAAAUGUCAAUUAUAGUUUCCAAAUAGGUGACAUUUAAAAAUAAAGAUUUAUUAGAAAAGAAAAUCAGUAAUAAAAUUAUAUUUUUUAAUUAAUUUCA